CCCCACCACCCCUUUAAAAUCUGUUUGUAUUCUGUUUGUUAAAUUGUAGUUCAUAUUCUGAUUGAAUUGAACUCAAGUGGCAUAGCUUGUAAAUCAGAGCCAUUCAGUCAUUCAUAAUUUCUUCUUUUGCAAUGUCUUAUUCAUAUGAGCAGAUAACCGGUGCAUCACAGGACUUGCUUCUGAGAAGAACUAAAAAUAUUUCACAGUGAAACAUUUGCUGUUAAAUAUAGGGCCAAUAAACUCUCUAAAACAACGCACAGGAUCUGUUUUUGUUCAUGUGUUACCAUAGAUAGCACAUGUUAUGAAGCAUAACAACAAUUUUGCUGGGGAACAUGCAUGUGUUGGAUGUACAUAUCCAGCCCUGGUGUUUGCUUCUGGAUUGCAUGCACAGAUUGAAUCUAUUAGUGGAUUAUUGUUUAUGUGUCCUUACAAAUUCUCAUUUACCUUACCAGUUAUUGGCAUGAGCAGACUAAGUCUAUCUAUUCUAAUAUCUCCUAAUUUUUGUAUCUUCUGACCCUUUAGUUAAUUUCCCACUGACCCUGAUCUUAUGAUCCAGUAAUUGCCAGAGGUUUUGGCACAGCAAAAGUAUAAAGGAUUGCUCGUGUACAGUACAUCCAUCUUUUAUUUUUGGAAUAACAGUUAGUGCCUGGCACUGAUGAACCUUGUGAUAACAAAUGUGCUCUUACAGUGGUAAAUUAAAAAUAGUUCAAAUAUGAAGAUUAUGUUUUCGGUUGUGUAGUUUUCGUUCCAGACACUCAACUGAGAAGUUAAUGUAUUUCAUUGCUAAUUAUUUUUGAGGCUUCGUCUCAGCACGGCUAAACCGCAGUGGGUCUUCUUGCUCGGUGAUCUUGGAGUAGCGAUGUGUUGCGCAGCUUACGGCAGCGCUGAUAUGUUUGGGCAAAGGAUUUGCAUUGGGUAAAAAAGAAAAAUUUGAUCGUUCUAGGAAACCAAGCCUGCUGAUUGGUCGGUUCACGGGUGUCUUCCAGUGACUCAGAUGUUUUGUGAGUGAGAUGAUACCGCCUAACUUCAACAAUACAGUAAUGACAUCUGUGCUGGCUGUUUGCAUAUGUUCACUCGGAGUGAGACAGAACGAAAAUAAAUCAUUUAAAAUAUGGGUUUUUUGGUUACAACUUUUGACAUUUGUGUGAAGAUGACAUUGAGCCUUGUUUAGUUGAUUUUAAAUCUUUGAUUUGUCACAUAAUAUUACAGCUCAUAUAAUGUCAGGUGCAGAUAUUUGUACUUUAAUGACAGCGAUAUCUUAAAUUGUUAUCUUUUCUCCUACCCUCCAAAUCGUGACCUGAGAUGUGUUUGUGGCCAUUGCAUGUCGACUGUGUCCCACUUACUGAAGGUCACGCAUCAGUGAGCAUAAAGCCACUGUGAACAUUUAUAGAGCCUCACUUAGGACAGAAGGACAAUGACAAAGAUUUGACCGCAGUCUCUUUAUCUGUGUUUUCAGUGUUUGAAUCAAUGUAAAGUCAACAUUGUUAUUAUGCACUUGCUGUGAACAAAACUAAUUUGUGUAUGUAUGUUAAAGAUUCUAAAAUGCCAUAUAAUACAUAAUUAUGGUUAUCAUUCAGAUCCACUGUGUAUAUUGAAGUACACUGUUUCUAUAUCAGCGCAGUACUAUGCAGGAUAAGCUGUUUGGAAAGCGACUGCUGCAGGCCGGGAGACACAUCAUGUCCCAUAAAUCCUGGAUGAAGACGGUGCCCACAGAGAACUGUGAUGUCCUUAUGACUUUUCCAGACAGCACAGACGACCACACGCUCCUCUGGCUGCUCAACCGCAUACGACUCUGCAUCCCAGAACUCAUCAUCCAAAUCCGCCAUCACAAACGUACCAGAAUGUACGCCUUCUUCGUCACAGCCACAUAUGAAAAUCUUUUACGAGGGGCAGAAGAAAUGGGACUGCAGAAAGCUGUGAAGCCAGAGUUUGGCGGUGGCUCUCGGAGCUUCUCCUGUGAGGAAGACUACAUCUACGAGAACAUUGAGAGCGAACUCUGUUUCUUCACCUCACAGGAACGUCAGAGCGUUAUCAAAUACUGGCUGGACAAUCUCCGAGCUAAACAGGGGGAGGCCCUACACAACAUCAACUUCCUGGAAGGGCAGCCAAUCAUUCCCGAGCUGAGGGCGCGAGGCGUCAUCCAGCAGGUCUUCCCACUUCACGAGCAAAGGAUUCUGGGACAGCUGAUGAAGUCUUGGGUGCAAGCGGUGUGUGAAAAACAGCCACUUGAUGAUAUUUGUGACUAUUUUGGGGUGAAGAUUGCCAUGUACUUUGCCUGGCUGGGUUUCUACACCACCUCCAUGUUGUAUCCAGCUGUUAUUGGUUUUGUACUGUGGAUGCUCACAGAAUCAGAUCAGACCAGCAGGGAUAUCUGUUGUGUGGUGUUUGCACUAUUUAAUGUGGUGUGGGCCACGCUGUUCCUGGAGCGCUGGAAGCGCAGAGGGGCGGAGCUCGCGUACAAGUGGGGUACGCUGGACACACCUGCCGAAUCACUGGAGGAGCCCAGACCUCAGUUCAGAGGUGUAAAGCGCUGCAGUCCAGUAACGGGCUGUGAAGAGUUUUAUUACCCGCCGUGGAGAAGGAGAGUGUUCAGAUGGCUGGUCAGCGUUCCUGUCUGUAUAUUAUGUCUUUGCUUUGUGUUUCUGGCCAUGCUCAUCUGCUUUGAGCUUCAGGAAUUCGUAAUGGGAAUUAAGGAGCUUCCUCGUGUAGCAAGAUUCAUCCCUAAAAUCAUGCUGGCCAUCACUGUGACGGCGUGUGAUGAGGUGUACAGAAAGAUUGCCUGCUGGCUAAAUGACAUGGAAAACUACAGACUCCAGAGUGCCUAUGAGAAAAAUCUCAUCAUCAAAAUGGUUCUUUUUCAGUUUGUAAAUUCAUAUCUCAGCCUUUUCUAUAUUGGAUUCUACCUCAAAGACAUGGAGCGUCUGAAAGAGAUGCUGGCCACACUUUUGAUUAUUCGGCAGUUCGUGCAGAACAUGAAGGAAGUCCUGCAGCCGUACCUCGCCGAGCGACACCGGUUGGGCGAGCUCACGCUGCGAGCGGUAUGGGAGCUGUUGGUCUCUGCGCUGCUCAAAUAUGGCCGACUCGCAGCUGGGCGAGCGCAAGUCUCACCCAGCGACCCCGGCAUACCCGGGUCAGGUCUACAUGCCCCACAGAUGGGUGAGGAGAUCCCGGCAGAGAAGCGAGAACGCAAGUGUCUGAACGGUGGCUGUGGCGUCCCAGAUGAAGACGUGGAGGAGGAGACAAGAGAGAGUAACAGCGAAGAAGAGAACGAAUCGGAGAGCCUCAUCGAUUGUGGCCUGAAGCUGCGUAAGGUCAGUUUCAUUGAGAAGGUGGAGCGCAAGUCUGCAAGCUGCGUUAACCCGAUGGAGGACAGUUUCAUGGAGGAAGGGAGUCCGACCAUGGUGGAGAGGGGCAUGGAUCCCUCCUCGGUUUUUGAGAUGUGUGACGAGGACGAUGAAAACGGGGUGCCGGAGAUGAAGGAACUGGGAACUGAAACGCUUCCAACGGGGGUGGAGAGCAGCACGUCAGUCAGGAUCAGGAAAAGGGGGAGGAGCUUGGAGAGAUCGGACAGUAAGACGAAGAAAGAUUCGUGGAUGGAUCCGCCCGAGGAGCAAGAAUCCACAACGCUCACGCAGGCCGAGGUGGAGAGCUGCAUGCAAAUGAAUCAGGACACGUUUCAGGACUACCAAGAGAUGUUUGUUCAGUUUGGAUAUGUAGUGCUUUUCUCAUCCGCCUUCCCAUUGGCCGCCAUGUGUGCCCUCAUCAACAACAUCAUUGAGAUCCGCAGUGAUGCGUUCAAACUGUGCACCAGCCUCCAGAGACCUUUUGGCUUGAGGGUGGGGAACAUCGGACAAUGGCAGACAGUGAUGGAAGCCAUGGGUGUGAUUGCCAUCAUAGUAAACUGUUACCUGAUUGGUCAGUGUGGUCAGCUGCAGAGACUGUUUCCAUGGCUUAGUCCUGAAAUGGCCAUCAUCUCCAUUGUCAUCCUAGAGCACUUUGCAGUACUACUGAAAUAUGUCAUUCAUAUUGCAAUACCAGACAUCCCCAGUUGGGUGAGAGAAGAAAUGGCCAAACUGGAGUUUCAGCGCAAAGAGGCGUUCAAGAAGCACGAGCGUCAAGCGCAGCAGCAUUUCCAGCAGCAGCAGAGAAGGAAGCGCGAAGAAGAGGACCGGCAACGUCAGGCGGAGUAUCAGGCCCGCCGCGAUCGGGACGACGGACGUUCGGACUCCGGAGGUAGCGACCACCAUCACGACAAGAGCCAAAGUGGGAAAUCCAGAUCUGGGGGUAGUGGAGGGGCAUCUGGCGGGGAAAAGCCCAAGCGACCCAGCUCACUUCUGGGCAACAACAACGUCAUGAAACUGAAGCAGAUCAUCCCACUGCAAAGCAAGUUCACUUCCGGCACAGCCCGUUCUCCGCAGUCGCCCACAGGGAACGAGCCCAAGCUACCGGGAUUCCUCAGCUUCAAGUUCCUGAAGUCUCCUGAGAAUAAGAAAGAAGCAGCAGCUGCUUCCACAAGCGCAUCAGUAGCUCCUCCACCCCUGGAGCGGUCACAAUCCCCCAACAAGUCCUUCAACCCCAGUAAACUCUUUAACUUUGGGAAGUCAGAAGGAGGGCCGUGCGUAAAUGGGGCUCAGCCCUCAAAACCAGGGGAUGGGGGACAGACGCAGGACAAACCGACCACAAAGUCCGACCUCAAUGGGGUUCCGGAUGAAAUCCCAUCCCCCUGUACAGAGAAUGGGGAAAAUGGAUCCUCAUCCGAUGCUGAGCCAUCAGGCUCUAAAAUGUAACAAGAACACAAAAAAGCACCAGUGUGAGAACCUACUUAGUAACACA